AUGGGAAACAAUGGAAAAAUAACAAGUAUAUAGCUUUUUUCAUUUAGAAAUAAUAGAUGUUUCACUUACUGUUUAUCAUGAGUGUCUUCAUUAUACAUUUCUUAAAUAUUUUUUACACUUAAAAUAAGUUUUGAUAAUUUUACUGAUCUUUUCUGACAAUGAGUUUUUAGGACUGACAAUGAUAAGCAAAUAAUUAUAGAAAGGAACGUAAAUUUGAUCAAAUGACCGGUUGCAGUGGAUUAUUAUAAAGACAAAUUGUAUAUAUUCUUUUUCUUGAAAAAAAUGAAACGAUAUAACAAUUUGAAGAAUUAAUUAAACGGAUAAUAUGAAAAUUGUCAUAAAAUCAAAUAGACGAAAACAAUAGUAAUGAAAAUUUGUAAUUAAAUUUUUAAAAUCGAUCAUUUUAUCUACGUGAUAUAUUUAGUGUUAAUUGUAAAUUGAAGACCAAAAUCUACAAUAAUCAUAUGCAAUAUGGCUUUACGUUGUAUAUUUUUAAAUAAUACAAUAAAUUACAUAUAAGUCUGGACUUUUCAGGAUAAUUUAGUUGAACAGAUCAAUUCUUCCGGCGAACAGACAAAAGAUGACUUUCCACAACCGCCACCAAGUACUCCAACAAAAGCACGAAAUCUACGAUCACCAUCUAUGGUGACUCCUAAAGCAGUCAGAAGUAGUUUGGCAAAAUCUCCUGAAACAGUAGGAUUAAAAAGAAGUGCGUCGCCUCUUCAAACUACAGAGACAGAAAAUCGAAACAAGAAGAGUCCGAGUUCAGAAGAUGAAAACGUAAUAAAAGGCAAAACAGCAAAAUCCCCUAUAAAUUCUAAUAAUUCUGAAUCAAAGGAUCUGGAAAAUAGAACAGCGAGAUCACCCGUUUCUCCGUCUAUUUCUAAUAACGUUCAAUUAAAAAAUCCCGAAGACAAGACGACAAAAUCACCGAUUUCUUCUCGUCCUCCUAGUUCUCGAUUGAAGAAUCUAGAAGAAAAAGUGGCGAAAUCACCUACUUCUUCACGUCCUCCUAGCAGUGUUUCAUUAAAAUCUCCAGAAGAGAGAGCAAUUAAAUCUCCUAAUUCACCACGUUCUCCUAACAGUCUUCGAAUAAAAAGUCCAGACAAAUCUUCCUCUCAGAUGUCUGGAAAAUUAUCGCCAAAAGAAUUACGGCUUCCAAAAUUGGCACCUUCUCCCAUCCCGCAGGAAACUGCUACACUUUCUGAAAUUAGUACUAAAAUAAGUUUACCAAAAUUAACUGAACGUGUUACACAUUAAAUCUCGUGUUUCGUAUAUUUCAAAAUAAAUUUAUUAAUUAUCAAGAUUUUUUAACAAAAAUAUUUUCUCAGAUUGUAAAUAAUUACUUGCAAUAUAUAUUGAAACCAGCAAAACAAUCAACAUUGAACUAAUAGAUGUGCACUUUCUGAUUUAAGAAUUUCAUAUUAUUUUGAAAUAAAAUUCUUAACAUAAAUUACUUUAUGGAUAAUAGAUAAGUGACUUAAAGUAUUUACAAGUUUACUUCUUUCUAAUAAAAACAAUCCUAUUUCAAUCUCUGACCUUUUACUGUAAAAUAACUACUAUAAAAGUAAAAAAAAGCAUUUUGAAGGAAAAUGUAAUAUUUAAAAUUCUUAAUAUCACAGAAUGAAAUUUUGCUGAUUAUACGAAAAUAAUAUUAUUUACGUACUAUCAACUAUUCUAUAGUAUAGUAUAAGUAUACUAUUAUAAAGAAUAAUAGUAAUUAAAGGUAUAACAAUUUUUAAAGUAAUAUACACAUGGUAAAAUAUAUAUAAGUGACUUUUAAUGUAUAUAUCAAAAUAUAUCUUCAUUAUAUAAAUGUGUUCGGCAUGAAUUCGGAAUUAAAAAUACAUUUUAAUAUAAGAUUUCAAAAAUAUAUAACUUUAAUAAUUAUAUUAUUAGCAGUUUACUGUAAUAAAGAAUUAGAAAGUAUCUAGAUCAAGUUUUCUUUGGCAACGGUGGUGGAACUAAUGCAACUCCAGUAAAAUAAGGAUGGGUUAAUGCUUUCUUGGCUGCUAUCCUCUGAUUGGGGUCGUAAGUCAGAAGUCUCUGUUGUAAAAUAUAUAAUAUUAAAAUUAAUAUAAAUUUUAAAAAUUCAAUAUUUAUUUUUUAUCAAAGUGAGUCUUACCAAAAGCAAAUCUUUGGCAUCAGAAUCAAAGGAAGGUACAACUUCAUCUAAAGAUCGGGGUUCCCAUCUUGGAAACAUUGAUGUAUAA